AUGGAUCCCAUUCUUCUUGUCAGCCGAGACGAACUCCUCGAGGUUCAGAUAGAGAUGAAACGACUUCAACAUACCCAAGCGUUGCACAACGAACGGAUAAAGACGUUAGAGAAACGCCAGUCCGGCGAUGCGGCCCUUAGGUCUGCGUGGAACUCGGCGUUUCCAAGCGCUCUAGGGGGGACCCCUCAACACGGACCGGUUCGUAUGCCGUCGAACGAUCUGUUGGAGAAGCUCACCGAGGAUCAAAAUAAGAUUCUCGGAGGGCUGUCCCUCGAUGCGGGGGACGAGCCGGCACGGCGCGGGGCAGCCUCACGCGCCAACAGCGUCCGUUUCGACGAGAGCGCCUUGCACGGCGCUAACCCCAGUGGCCAUAGCGCCCGCCACUCUGGCGACUUUGGCGUCAGCCGUCCUGGGAGUAGCUUCGGAGGUCAUCAGAUGGAGCGGACACAUUCCCAGAAGUCGGACGGCAGACACAGUUCCGCAGGGCAAUCCAACUAUUCCCUGUAUUCGGGCACGUCCGGACGCAUUGGUAACCUCACGCUGGACCAUGCCUCUGUAGUCAAUGGACAGGAAGCUGAUUCAGCCUUGAGUCUCGCGGGGCCGCCACCUGGCUUACACACUCUAGAUAUUCUAGACCCACUGCCGACCAUAAUUCGCUGUUGGCUACACGACGACUUUACCAACGCCGCACUAUUGUACGGCGUAGUGUGCACCGGCUCACACAAAUCGACGGUCGAGUACUCGCUGCUGAGGGAUCUCGACCUCACAAACAACAUACAUCGGGACGUGGACGGAACUUAUCGCGUCACCCUUCCCGUGUACUUUGCCGAGGGGACCGUGAUGCCACCAAACUCCCCGACGACCGGCGUUCCACCUAACAUCACCGCGUCAUUCGAGGUGACGGGCAUGGAUCAACAAGAACCCCGCGACCCGUCGAAAAGGAUUCGAAUUUUUAUCGGCAGCUACACUCUGCGCCAUCACCACGCCGAUAUUCUGUUAACUCGGAACAUGAUGACGCUCUACGGCACCGACAAUAACAAGGUGUCCGUUCCGUUUGCACGCCCCGAAGAUGACGCGGUGUUCAAAAACAUCACCACGGGCAACACGGUGUCGAGCAAGCGGAGGCUGAACGCCGCCGCCGCGGUCUUUGUCGCCUCCGGGGGAUCGGCAAACGGAUCCUCCCAAGGUGCCAAAGAAGGCGGCACCUCGGGUUCCGACGGGAUGCCCUCACCCACGGCGCCCUCAAGUCGGCCGGCCGAAACGGCCACGACCAGUGCGGCAUCAGAAAGCGGGGCGGAGAGCGAAGACCCGAGCGGAGGGGUCCCUGGCCCAACACUCACAAAACCCCAAAUCCCCGAGUCGACAGAAGCCAAACGCCGCGACUCUAACUCGGCAAUCCAUACGCCAUGGCGACACGCCGCGACCGCCCUCGGGGAUAACACCGCACCGCUGAGUGGAUAUCAGCAGCCAGCACCGCGCGCGAAACCUAUGAUGGUCCUCAAGUCGAAAUCUCAUAACUCGACGACCAGGACGGGAGCAUCCUAUGAGCCGGCACCAGCGCCUCGCCCAACUGCCGAGCAGAGGCGGAAGCCGGCGACGGAAGGGGGACGCUGGAAGAAACGGAGCGUGAGCGCCUCCGCGCUGGCCAGACCCGGCGAGGGCAAGCAACCGGCCGGCGGCGCAGGAAAGGCACCCUUGGCUGCACGGACCGGGAACAACCCCCUCGGCAACGCGUCUGCUUUUGCUUGGACCACGCCAAAGCCCAAAACACCAAAUGGGACCGAAUAG